GUGUAAAGAACAAAAAUUUCCAAUUAAUUUUAAAUAAAAAAAAAUUAUAUACAACCUCACAGAAUGGCUGAUAAAUAUGAAUUCUAUACAGUUAAAGUUAUCGAUGCCGAAUUUACAGUACCCGUUUAUUACCAGGAUUUAAAGCCCAUCGGCACGGGAGCACAAGGUGUAGUCUGCUCAGCCUAUGAUACUUUAAAAAAACAAAAUGUAGCCAUUAAAAAACUCUCAAGGCCAUUUCAAAAUGUCAUACAAGCCAAGAGAGCCUAUCGUGAAUUGAAACUGCUAAAGAUGGUCAAUCAUAAAAAUAUCAUACGUCUACUGGAUGCUUUCACCACAGACAAGACACUCGAAGAGUUUCAAGAUGUUUAUCUGGUGACAGAACUAAUGGAAGCCAAUUUCAAUAGCAUUCUGCAUAUGGGUUUGGAUCAUGACAGACUAUCAUUUUUGAUCUAUCAAAUUUUGUGCGGCAUAAAGCACUUGCACUCAGCCGGCAUAAUACAUCGCGAUUUGAAACCCUCCAAUAUUGUGGUGAAAUCGGAUUGUACUUUGAAAAUAUUGGAUUUUGGUUUGGCUCGCAUGAAUGCCGACGCAUCCCACAUGAUGACCGCUUAUGUGGUGACCCGUUACUAUCGUGCCCCAGAGGUUAUAUUGGGCAUGCGUUACAAGGAAAAUGUGGAUAUUUGGUCUAUAGGCUGUAUAUUUGGUGAGCUCUUGCGCGGUAGCAUUUUAUUUCGUGGCACUGAUCACAUCGAUCAGUGGAAUAAAAUAGUUCAACAACUGGGUUCACCACCAAAAUCCUUUCACGAUAAGUUGUCUCCAAAUGUUUGCAAUUAUUUGAAGACGUUACCGCACCACGAAGGUUAUACGUUUGAGCGUCUUUUUCCUGAUGCCUUGUUCGAAAGGCAUAACGAGGAGAGUGAAGAGAAUAAUUGCAAAACUGAUCAGGCUCGAGAUUUACUGAGUAGAAUGUUAAAAAUCGAUCCGGAUGAACGUAUCUCGGUGGAUGAGGCUCUUCAACACUCGUACAUUAGCGUCUGGUAUGAUAAAGAUGAAGUGAAUGCUCCACCGCCAAAGGCAAUUGAACAUGCAUUUGAUGAUGAAGAGCAUACGAUAGAGGAAUGGAAGAAACUAGUGUUUGAUGAGGUAGUGGAGGGUGUGGGACAAAAUGACGCACAGUAA